AUGGCUGACAAUGCGCACUUAGAAAAUGACACGGAAAUUGCUUCUGAACCCCACGGCCUGCUCGAGUGGAAGGGGACAGGAGCCACUAGGAACGAGGGAGGUGCCUGCAGGCCCUGUAAUGACACCGUCCUCCUGGCCUUGUGCACUGGCGACUUUGUGAUCCAGGGGACCCUGCACAGGAUUGCCCACGACACAGAGCUGCAGUCUGUUGUCACUGUGGCAGCUGUCCAUGUCCGCCAGACACUGCCGCUGUUCCAGGCGGGGGGCUCUGGGGGCCCGGUACAGGCCUCCAUUCGCACCCCACUGCGCUGUGGUGUCCACCCCGGCACUUUCCUCUUCGUGGGCUAGAGCCAUUUUGGUGAGGCCUGGCUUGGCUGUGCACCCCGCUUCCAGGAAUUCAACCGUGCCUACGCAGCUGCCCGUACCAACCACCUCUGCCCCUUUGAGGUGGUGCCAGACUAA